AAUCAUGACAGUUCACCAUUCGUAUUGUGUUGGCAUUUCUGCUGCUGCUUUUGGCAUUCAGUUUGAUUGGUUUUGACUUUGUUAUUUGUAGUUUAUAAGAAUUUAGGUCUUUCCGAUCUUUUCUUUCCUGUUUUUUUGUUUUGAUUAAUGACACAAUGCAGCAAAAACCGGAAUCAGCCGAAGAUGUUGCUGGCGCGGCAUCCGGGAAAUUUGCAUGGACCCUCGACGUUUACAUGAAACGGAAAGAUCUGGAAAAUGCACACUGCAGUAUGGAGCCGCCAGCUGAAGUGGGUUCCUUUUCGCUGACAGCCAGUAAAGAUGAUCCCUAUGAACACCGGCGGGAAUUUCACAACGAUCGCAGCUGUAUGUCGCAGCUGUACCGACGCGGACCAUACAGCGUUGUUCAGGGUCUAUCGAUGCCGUUAGAUAAAGGCUAUAACACUUUCAUCCGCCGGAAGGACGCUCGCGAUCUUUCUCAGCGAGAACAUGUUACUCACAUGCUCAACUGGAUUUCCCAUCACCCGCAAGAGUUUCUGGCGUUCAGGCCGGAAAUCGUUUGUUGGCGCGGGCAUUUGGACAGUAUCAUGUCUUCGCCUUUUGAGGCUACUGAGCUUUCCCCGGGUUGGAUUAUCUGCGCCUGCAAAAUGGAUGGGGUGAUUUAUUUGACAAAUUUCGAUACGGUCAAGAAAACACAGCACAAGCAGCAUCCCAUCAAGAACCAGGAGCGCUUCGAAUACUGGGGUUAUAAAUUCGAGCAGUACAUGACGCAUAAUCCAAAGGUCAGAGGCUCUUAUGACGAGCCGGUUAACAACUUUAAUGGCUUCAUUGCGGUUCUGAAGCGGAAGAUUGGCGGAACGCGGGUGCUUUUUGGCGCGGAAACGGACUGCAUGGAUCCGCUGCAGAAGGACACUCCUGCGCCUGGAUGUUAUGGGGAGCUGAAGACCACGCGGCUUCUGUACACUGAUUACCAUAAGUCGAAGUUUUACAAUCACAAGAUGUGCAAAGUGUGGGCGCAAUGUUCCAUUGCCGGCAUUCCGACCGUUAUCGUUGGCUAUCGAGAUGAUGCCGGCGUCUGCGUUUCGACGGAAGAGUUCCAAACUGGACGAAUACCUACGAUAGCGCAGAAGUAUGGUGCUCGCUGGUCCACUUUGGUGUGCAACAAUUUUCUUGACACCUUUCUGAAACUGGUGAAAGAAUACGUAAAAGAAGAUUGCCAGAGAGCUGUAUAUAAAUUCGAAUGGGAUCCUCUAGACAAGUGGAAAAUCACUGUUGAAAAAUGGCAUCCGCAGUCGAAAUGGACAUUUCUUCCCGAUUGGUACGUGGAACAACGACCAAAUGGUGGAUAAAUUUGUUGGUGGACCACCAAAUGGUGGGAUGGUGAAUAAGGGUUAUGGAUAUGCACUUGCACUUGCCAGUAGUGAAUUUGGUUUCGGAGUGAAACUACGUACGUGCCACCAUCUUGUUCUUUUUUUGGUUCUGUUAAGUAUAUAGAAGGCUAUAUUUGUUAUCGCGUAUCUUGCUAUUGUCAUAAUAUCUCCGAGUGUUGGCCCAUUUUUCGCGCCUUUUUGCCUGAUCUGUUUACGCAUUAUCCAGUUGCUUUUUCAGACCCAUUUUUUGUUCAUUGCAUGAAUAAUACAAUAGGCUAU